GGGGGUUAUAUGUAAUUAGCUAUUAUUUAAUAAUAAUUACAUUAACAUCAAAACUAAAUUAACAACUGUACUUAAAUCUAAUGGAACAAUUAUUUCAGUAUCCCGGGAAGCUUUCUUUCUACAAUUAGCUGAUGAAUGACAAGAAAACCAUUAAAAACUUGCCUAUAAUAUUAAUCCGAAUAUUCUUUUUAUUUUCCCCCGCAAAUCCUUCCCAGAUGGACUCUUCAUCAGCAAGAGUCCCUCUCUCCUUCAUUCUCAUUCUGGUCUUCAUUUUUUCCAGAAUAAAUCCUUCUUUUUCCUUUGUUAAAAUUUGCAAGCCAGCCUCAUGUAACCCCGUAUUCGGACCCGAAGUCCGGUUCCCUUUCAGGUUAAUCGAUACACACGACCGGCGCUGCGGCUACCCGGGAUUCGAUCUCUCUUGCGAUUUGCAAGGCCAAACCAUCCUUUCCCUCCCUAAGUCCGGCAACUUCAUCGUCAACCGGAUUAAUUACUCCACCCAAUCCGUCUACAUAAAUGACCCGGGUAGCUGCUUAACCGACCGGAUAUUCAACUUCAAUGUGAACGGGUCUUCCUUCCGGGCCAACCCGGGAGACAAUUACAGGUUCUACAACUGUUCUCAGGGCUUGUCGGAGUAUUCGAACUUGGGUCACGCCGUUCCAGUGGUUUGUUUCAACGGCGGCGGUAAUUACACGGUUCUGGCGGUGCCGAUUCGGUACUCGGGUAAUGGGAGUGGGACCCCGGCGUCCAGCUGUAAAUUGAUGCCGAAUGUUUCGGUUCCGUUGAAGUUGACUUAUGCGCAGUACUUGGAGGAGACGGUGGUGGAGGAAGAUCUGGAGUUGGUUUGGGAUACGCCGGCUUGCUGGAGCUGCGAACAGAGGGGUUUGUACUGUGGGUUCAAGUCCGAUUCCGGGUUGGACAUUGACUGCACCAAACCACCUACUAAAGGUCUUUCCAGGGGAGCAAAAUACGGCAUCAUCAUCGGGAUCGGCAUACCUGGACUUGUGUGCCUCGCCGGGUUUUUCUGCUGCCUUACUAACAAAAUCCGUCGCCGUCGUGCUGACCACCUGAAUUUCGAUCCAUCAUCGUCAACUGCCGGAAUGAACCCACCGCCAUCCACAGUAACCAUCUCCGGCCUUGACCGACCAACCAUCGAGUCGUACCCUAAGACGGUGAUUGGAGCCAGUCGUCGGCUCCCGGAGCAAUGUAGUGACGACGGGACUUGUCCUAUUUGCUUAUGUGAUUACCAGCCAAAAGACACGUUGAGAAGUAUACCGGAAUGCAACCAUUAUUUUCAUGCUGCUUGCAUUGAUGAAUGGCUUAAGAUCAACGGGAGCUGUCCCUUGUGUCGGAAUUCGCCGGAGGGUAGUAAUUCGUCGAUGACUCCUCGAUCGUCUAUGUCUUCUGUAUUUUCGACAGCAUCAUCACGAGCCUAAAAUUUUCCAGGCACUCGAAACUCUUGAAAACGGAAUUAUUAGAAAGUAUAUCUCACGUGUACAUUUUUAUAUAAUGUAUAUAGUCACACGAACCACUGCUAUCGUUUAUCACACACAGUAUAGUCAUUAUUAGACACAUACGUUUUCAAAUUUAUCAUUUUCAUGUCUUUUUCUAUCUUACAGUUAGAGUUAGAAUUACGAGAUUGUGAUUUUAUUCAUAUGUAUUAUGUACAAUAUACAAGUAUAUAUAGACAAUUAGUAAACUCUAUACACAAGGAUAUAACUGUAAAAACAUAUAUUACAAUAUGCCCCCACAAACUGACGGCGGGCAAGAGAGAAGCC